AAAGAUAUUAAAUGUUUUGUAAUACCAACACACAAAUUUGUUAUGUAACCAUUUAUUUUUUAUUUAUUCGAUAAUUAUAAAAUAUUUAUUAUUUAAAACAUAACACUCAAAAGAUUUAAUUAAAAAGUAUAAGUAUAUACUUUUUUGUUUUUUUUUUUCUUUUUUUUUUUUUUUUUAUGUUUUUUUUUAAUUUUUUUCUUUCUUCUCUUUUUCAAAUCCCCGUUAGUGUGUUUAAUUUAAUAAUAACAUUGCCAUUAUAUAAUAUUACUUUUUAUAACAAUAUAAAUAUUGUUUUCUUUGUAUCACUAUUAUAAUAAUUAUAAUUUAUAUAUAUAUAUAAUAUAAAUAAAUAAAGUAUAUAUAUAUUAAAAAGAUUUUGUUUUUAGGACUUAACAAAAAUUAUUUUAAACUAAAUUGAAAUCAAUAUUUUUUUUAAUAUAUUUUAAAGAUUAGAUAUAUAAAUAAAUAAAUUUAUUAAUUUAAUUUAAUUUAUUUUUUUUUAAAAAAACAAAUAAUUUAAAAAAAAAAAAAUGAAAAUAAAUUAUUUAUUAAUAAUAUUUAUAAUCAGUACAACACUAUUUAAUUUUAUUUAUUGUAAAGAACAGUCAACCAAAGGGUUACAUAUUAAAGAGGAUUUAAAGAUUUAUAAUGAAAAUGAUGAAGUUAUUAUGCUAAGAGGUGUCAAUCGUCCCGGUACAGAGUAUACCUGUGUAAAACAUCAAAAAGCGUUUGACGGUUUGGCUAAUGACAGGGAAACAAUUUUAAUUAGAAGCUGGAAGGUCAAUACAAUUAGAGUUCCAUUAAAUGAAGAUUGUUGGUUAGGUGUCCAUCAAAAUGAAGCACCAUGGUUUGGUGAAGGUUAUAGAGAUAAAAUUAAAGGUUAUGUCAAGAUGCUUUCAGAUUUAAAUAUGGCAGUAAUUAUAGAUCUCCACUGGAGCUCCAAGAAUGGAUUAUUAGCAACUGAUCAAAUACCAAUGCCAAAUGCUGAGAAUAGUGCCAAGUUUUGGAAACAAGUAGCAAAUAUGUUUAAAGAUUUCUCUAAUGUCAUCUUUGAUCUCUAUAAUGAACCAUAUCCAUUUGGAAACGAGUGGGAAUCUGAUGAAGCAUGGGCCUGUUGGAGAGAUGGUGAAAACUGUGGUUUAGAUUAUCCCACAACUGGUUUAAGUCAAUUACUUGAAGCUGUUAGAUCAACUGGAGCUAAAAACAUUGUACUUUUAAGUGGUAUUCAAUAUGCUACAUCAUUCACCAAGUUCCUUGACUACUAUCCAAAAGAUACUCUUAGUCCACCACAGCUUGCUGCUUCAUUACACGCUUAUGACUUUAACCAAUGUAAGGCAAAGGGUUGUUGGGAUAAAUUCCUUACACCAGUUCUUAACAAUAUGCCAAUUAUCGCCACUGAAACUGGUCAAAAAGAUUGCAAACAUGACUUCCUUGACGACUUUUUAAAUUAUUGUGACCAUAAAGGUAUCCAUUAUUUAGCCUGGUCAUGGUUAGUAGGUCCAUGUGAUGGUCCAUCUGUUAUUGUUAAUGAAGCUGGUGAUCCAUCAGGUUUUGGUGUUGGUUUCAAGAAACAUAUGGAUAGAUUGGCUAAAGGUAAAAUUGGAAUGGUUUCUGAUACCUUUGAUAUCUAUAACGAUAAGCUUACACAUUGGUCAGAUAAUUGGAGCAGCUCCCAACCAGUUUUAAAUAGCACUGAAGUUAUUGCUUGUGAAGGUAAUUACUCGAUCAAAUUUGUUCCAAAGAAAGAUAAAUCACUUCAUUUUAUGUGCUGGGGUUGUAUAGAAUCAGAUCUUCAUAAACAAAUAGAGUUUUGGGUUCAUGGUGGAAGUGGUGGUAAUCAAAGAAUUAAAGUAGAACUAUUACAUUUAAAUCAAGAUAAAACAAAUACUGUAGAAAAGACUUGGUACAUUGAUGACAAAUGCGGAGGUCCAAUCGAAUCAAAUAAAUGGAACCAUAUCACUCUCCCAUUAGAUGAUCUUCCAGCAGGUCAACAAUACGACGGAAUUUGGUUUAAAGCCGAAGAAGAUCAAUCACCAAUUUAUGUUGAUAAAAUUACUGUACGUGCUAAAGUUGAACCACCAGCUGACUCUGAUGAUAGCUCAAAAUUAAUUUUCAAUUUCUUUACUAUAGUUUCUUUAAUAAUUUUAUCAUUAUUAUUAAUUUAAUAAAUAUAAUAAUAAUAUAAUAAUACAAUAAUAAUUUAAUAAUAUAAUAAUAUGAUAUAAUAAUAUGAUAUAAUAAUAAUUAUUUUUUUAAUAAAUAUUAAAAUAUUUUUUUUUAAAUUAAAAUCAAAUAAAAUCUUUUUAUAUAUAUUUACAAAU